AUGGUUGGUGCCUUCCCUGUUUUUAAGCUUGGCAGUUUGGCCUUGAAGCAGGUCAGUAAGCCAAUUGUGAGUUUUAUGAAGCAGCGUGCCAAGUCUAAUAUGUUUUUCCGGCAGUACAUCUGUCUCCCUCCGGCUCAGUUGUACCACAUGUGGGAGACUCGGCUGAAAUUACGGAUAUUGGGGUUGUCCAAGCCAAAAGAGGUUGCGAAAUUGAGCGAAGAUGCAGCCGCUGACCUUGGCGCGGAAAUGUUGGGUGAAAUUUUGAUGUUUUGUUUCGGCGCAGCGAUUCUAUUUUACGAGUAUCGUAGACAAGCCCGAAAGGAGGCUAACAAGGAAGACAACAUUCAGAAAACUUUCGAUGAACUGACAAACCAGAUUAACGAAUUGUCAACCCUUAUACAGAUUCACGAAGCUAGAUUACGGGAACACACUCGAUUGAUGGCAAAGAUCACGUCCGAUGAACAUUGUGAAUAA